UGAUCACCGCCGUUGUUUGCCACGUGCUGCUGCCUCCACUGCAGAUGGCUUACAUCGCGGGACCAACGGAGCAUGCGCCAUCACUAUGCCGAUACCCCAACCAGAUCGACAUCUCACCUACCUUGCCUUUCCUGAAGAAACCUAGGCCGCCUCUCGGGUACUGGACCCUCCAACCAGCGUGGGACCACACAUCGAAAGUGACACUAUCGAGUCCGUCGACUAUAAAGGAGCAGCAACCAUCGCGACUGCCUUGUGGGCUCGGUGGCUGCGCCACAACGGUGUCACGUAACAUGCUGGCUUUCACCAUGCAGGUCAGUGCAAAAUACAGUCUUUUCUGUAAGAAAUGUAGCAAUUACUGUUUGGUGCAGCUCCCGAGCCCUCAGUGCUGCCUCGCUAUGCUUAGUGAAUGUGUGCAUGCUAUCCAGUCAUUGCUGUUGCUGUCAGGCGAUGUUGAAACCAAUCCGGGGCCUAGUAUUGCUGACGUUUUCGCUGAGCUGCAGAAGCUGACCGUUGGACAAAGCACGCUAAUCACUGAGGUACAAGGUCUAAAGAAUCAACUUUCGUGUACCGAUGCAACACUAACAGAUUUAAGUAAGCGAAUUAUGGAACUGGAACAACACUACCAGGCACUGAUACCCCUGCGAAGCGAAUUAGAAGCUGUGUACGCUACUACUUCUGAAACUGGUCGCCUGGUAUCUAGCCUAGAGAGCCGCAUAGAGGAUGCUGACAACCGUUCACGCAGAAGCAACCUAAUAUUGUAUGGCAUUCCUGACCCCAACCCUCCUGAAACCUUUGCGCAAUCGGAAAAACUAUUUAUUGACAACAUUCAAGAGCACAUGAACAUAAGCCUCGACCCAAAAGAAAUUGAGCGUGCACACCGGCUAGGACGCUAUUCACCAGGCCGUAACCGCCCCAUCAUUGCCAAGUUUGCAUUCUAUAAAACAAAAGAAUUGGUCUUGUCUAAUGGUCGCAAGUUAAAGGGGAGUAACUGCAGUAUUGGCGAGGACUUUUCACCCGCUGUUCGAAAUGCCCGCAAACAUCUUGUUCUUUUCGGCAAAAGCAAAGCAACACCUUUCAAGCUACGUUUCAAAACACUUGUCAUAGGAUCCAAACGCUACGAAUAUGAUGAAUCAUCUAAAACCGUAAAGGAGAUUCACUAGCAAUCAAAGUGCAAUAGAGGUUCGCUUAACCCUCGCCACAUCACCACAACGAAUAAUCUUUCUUUAUCUGCUAUUUUCACUAACGCCCGUAGUUUUCUUCCCAAACGCGAAGACAUAUCAAGUCUCGUUUCUUCAUCAGGCAGUAAUUUACUUAUUUUAACAGAAACAUGGCUAACAUCGGAGAUCAGUGAUAAUGAGGUAUUAUCCGACUUGCCAAACUUCGAAGUUCAUCGCUGUGACCGCCAAGGAAGGCGAGGAGGGGGGGUUCUUAUAGCGUUUAGCAAGGAAUUGCCCUGUACACCAAUCGCGCCUCCUACUGGCCUUGAGAUAGCCUGGCUACUUAUCCGCUCUUUCCCACAGGCUGUCCUGCUGGGUGUUUGUUACCGACCACCUGUUAACAGCCCUGAUUUCCCUGGAAAAUUAAACAGCAUUUUAUGCCAGGUUACUGCCGCACAUCCUAACGCUCAUAUUAUUUUAUUCGGUGACUUUAACUUUCCUGGUAUUGACUGGCAUGACCCAUCUUCAGCAGCAUCAACUAACACUGAAGCUAGAGAUUUCACCGAUGUCUGUUUGAACUUUAAUCUUUCACAGCUUGUUUCUGAACCAACACGUGUAUCGCUUGACUGUGCGAACAUCUUAGAUCUUAUACUAACUAAUCACCCCGACAGCUUAUCAUCAUUAACCUUCCUUCCUGCUAUCAGCGACCACAAAGUUCUUCACGCUACCUUUUUCUUUUCCGCACCACCUCGUGCAACAUAUCACAAAACUAUCAGCCUGUACGAUAAAGGAAACUUCGAAGCGAUUAAUGACGAACUGACUGCCUUUCUACCACACUUUCAAUCAAGAUUUUACGAGCGAACCACUCAUACAAAUUGGACGCUGUUUAAAACUAAAAUUAUUGAAUUAGCUGACAAACAUAUACCGAAAAUUACCUUCCGUCCAAACCGUCGAAACCCAUGGUUCACUAACCAUGUAAAGCGACUAGAAAAUAAGAAAAAAAGACUUUUUCGAUCUGCCAAGCAAAGUACAAACCCUAACUUAUGGGAAAAGUAUUAUUCUGCCGAGAAAACGUACUUAUCCGCUGUUCGCAGCGCCAAGCAUACUUUUUUUAACAUCGAUCUAGCGAAAAUACUUAGAGACAACCCCAAGAAAUUCUGGGAAGUAAUAAACCCCCCUCAAACUCGCGCCAUAACUCUCGCUGACGAUUCUGGAGAUAUCAUGACUGAUACCGACUGCGCCAUUUCGUUCAACGAUGCCUUCGCCUCAGUUUUUACUAAAGAUACUAGUUCCCCCCUAUCAUUAAUGUCUAGCAACAUAGUAUCCGUAAUGCCGGCCAUCGCGUUCUCUGUAGAUGGUAUCUCCAAAAUAAUUGAUAACCUCAAACUAUCUUCAUCCACCGGUGUCGAUGGUAUUAACUCGAAACUGUUAAAAAAUACUAAGCAUAUUUCAGCCGCA